AUGAGUAAUUUAUCUUAAUCAUCUUCUCUACCUGUUAUUAAAAAUAAAUUACAUGUAGGAGAGAAUCUUAUGUAUUAAAUUCACAAAAGAGCUUUGUAAGAAUAUUUAAAAAGUGGGAAUAUAGAUUAAAGAAUUGUUUCAAUGAAUUUAUUAAAUGUAAGUUAAUUAAAGAAUGAAGAACUUAAUCUCCUUCAUUAAUCUCUAAGCACUAAGAAUUAAAAACUUGAAGGAGAUGCUAGUAAAAUAUUAUCCAAAGUAUUUUUUUAAUUUUAUAUAUUUUAGUUUAAAUCAAAAGUUAAAUCUAAUGGAUUUCCUAUCUAUUUCAAGAAACCAGAUUAUUCUCAUGAAGAUCAAGAACUUAAUCAAUUAGAAGAACAUCUGUAUAGAAUUUAGAUUUAUAAAUAAGCAAAAUUGUACUUAAAUCUAAAUUAAAUACUUGCAAAGUCUUUAAUGGUACUUAUUUAGUAGAUCCUACUAUUCAAGAUCUUUAAAGAACCAAUCAAAAAUAAAAACAACCUUUAUAACUUAUUUAUUUUCCUGCAAUAAAAAGAUAACCAAGUCAAGCUAAUUUAAGAGACACUUAAUAAAUUAAAUAAGUUGUUAAUUAAAGAUUGCAUGAUUCUUAAUUAACAUUAUAAGAAUUAAGAGAAAGAUAUAAAGAAUCUAAAUUAAGUGACUUUUAAAAGUAUUUUUUUUAAUUGAUUGAUGAGGGGGAUGUUGGUGAAUUACAAUCUUUAUUUAAAUAAAAAGAAAUAUCCUAAGAGAUUCUUAAUAGUCCAAAUCAUAAAGGUUACUAUCCGAUUCAUUUAGCAAUUAAAUAGAAAGAUCCAUAAUUAUUUAAGUUAUUUUAAUAAAAUGGAGCUGAUCUCACUGUCUUAACAAGAAAAAAGAAGUCUAUUAAACAAUUAUUAGAAAUCUAUUAUAAUGAUGAAAUUUAUGAAUUAAUUAAUGGAAAGAAGAAAGCAAAAUUAUUAUUAUGA